AUGUCCUCAAAAGAGAAACUGUCUAAAGAUGAGUUGAGAGGUCAGUUUUCAGAUUUACAGAAAAGAUUAUUCAAUAAAAAAGCACUGCAUAAUGCAUUAAGAGAAUCAAAUCAACCUGGUACUUUACCUUUACCAUUACAAACUCAGUCACAACUACAAGAUCAAAAUCUAUUGUCACCCCAUCAUGAUCAAGAAAAUAAUUUAGGUUCAUUUUUACCACCUACAAAGAGAUCAAUUAGUGGAUCAUUAGGUUCAGCCAUGGGAUCAAAAUCUAAAAAAUUGGAUUUAACUCAAUCUCCUAGUACUUCAAUGUCAAUGGGACCUCAAUCUAAAGGAGAUGAUAUGAAUUUUGUUGUUGGUUUAAGUGAAAAUCUAUUGAAUGAAUGUAGAAGAUUAAAUGCUGAUAAUAGUAAAUUAAAACUGAAAUUAAAAAUUGCAACUGAAGAUUCACAAAAAUUUAAAGAUGAAAUAUCUGAAUUGAAAAAUCAUAAUCAAAUUUAUAAAUCUAAUGAAUUAGAGCUCAAGGAAAAAAAUUGGCAAUUAGAAAAUCAAUUGAUAAAUUUAAAUGAUGAAUUUUCUACAUUAAAUAGUGAUCAUGAUAAUUUAAAAAUUAUAAAAACUGAUUUAUUAAAUAAGAUUAACAAAUUAAAUAAGAAUCAUGAUGAUUUGGAGCAAACUAAUAAUUCAUUAUCCAGUAAAAUCGAAAAUAUUGAUAAAAAUUAUAAAAAGCAAAUCACUGAACUAAAUAAUAGAAUAAAUAGUCUUAAUGAUGAGAAUGAUUCAUUACAUGGUAAAUUAUUCGGAGACAAAAGUGCACUGAUAGAUCAAACUGAAAGUACAGUCGGAGAUGUGCUUGAUAAAUCUUUAGCAAACGAUAGUACAAAUAACGAUGAAUCGAUUGAUUUUGAUUCAAUACUAAAAGACAUUAAUCCUCAUGAAAUACCCGAUCCAAAUACAUUGGACCCUCAAAUUGAAGUCGAGACUUUAAGAUCAUUAUUACAACACUCCAAUAAGACGAUAGUGAAGUUAAGAUCAAACAUAUUAAAUCUUAAAAAACAAGAUUAUGCUAAUAAGUCCAAAAUAUCAAAUCAAUCGUCACAAUCACAACGUACUCCAAUAAAUCCAUCAAUCAUCAAAAAAACUCUCGUCAAGUCAAACAAAAAACCAUCAAAUAGAAAUUCAUUAAUAUCCCCAUUUAAAAAAGACUCCACAUUCAUUAUUUUCAAUGACAAUGCUAAUAGCGAAAUUGAAAAGGGGGACGAAGAAUGGGAAAAUUUCUUAGAUGAUAACAUUCAACAUCAAGCAUCAAAUAAGUCAUCACCUUCAAAAGAAGGUAAAAGUCAAACUGAAAACUUUUUAAAAUAUUUCACUAAUCAUGAUGAUAAUACCACUAUUGAACAUGAAGUAUCCAUGUUAUCAAAUGCAUCAGAUAUUGAUUCACCAAGUAAACCAAUGCAUGUUCAAAAAGAGGUAUUACUUCCAUCAAUUGAUGAAUUAACUUAUGAUCAAUUAAAUGAGAUUGCAGAAAGCAAAGGCUUACAUUUGGUUUCAAAAUCUAUUUAUCAAAAUUUAAUUGAUGGUCAAAAUGAAAAAAGUGACAAAACAGAUAUUAAGCCAGACUUAUUAGAGCUUACUGAAAAAGCAAACUCAAUUGGAUAUAUUGUCACAUCAACAAAUGAUUACAAAUCUUUAGUUGAGAAUGCUAAUCAUCCAUCAUUAGAAUACCUUUCACAAAAAGCUAGUUUGUUCGAUUCUCAAUUAGUUACGAAAAAGACAUUACAACAAUUAAAAGAACCGAAUAAAGAACAAGUUGAAACUCAAGCUAAAAGAUUAGGCUUAAGAUUACUUUCCGAUUCUGACAUAAAUACUUUGCAAAACCCAACUCAAACUCAAAUUGAAGAAAAUGCCCAAAAAUUAGGUCUUAAGUUAUUACCAGAACUAGAAUAUCAUGCAUUAAAAGAUCCAAAUCCAGCUCAAAUCGAACUUCAAGCUAAUAAAUUGGGUUUACAAUUAAUUCCAGAUUCUGAUUUAGAAGCUUUAAAAAAUCCAACUGAUGCCAAAAUUAAAGAACUAGCUUUAAAAAAUAAUUUAUUUGCAAUACAAGCAGAAGAACAUUAUAGUACUCAAAAAUUAAUAACUCAUCCAACACUAGAUUAUUUAAAAAAACAUUUAUUCGCUCAUAGACACACGGUAAUGGAAAAUGAUAAAUUCCAAAACUUGAUACAAAAAGUAGAACAACCAACUGUUGAAGAUAUAAAAGCAAAUUCUGAAAAAUUGAAAAUGAUAGCUUUACAUCAUGAUGAAUAUAAUAAACUUAAAGAAGAGUCUAUUCAUAAUCAUGACAUUGAUCAAAUUUCAAACGUAGUUGCUGAUAAAGAUUAUGUUUUAAUUUCAAAAGAAGAUCACAACAAAUUGGAUAACCCAGAAGAAGAUAAGAUUAUCAAACUAGGUCAAUCUAAAGGAUUAAAAGUUUUGUCGGUGAAAGAGUUUGAUAAAUUAAAUACUGAAUUGGAUUCAUUAAAAUCAAGAUUAGAACAUCCAGAUUUAGAUCAAUUAAAACAACAAGCAGAAAAAUAUGAUCAAGUAUUAUGUUCAACUCCAGCAAUGAAAAAAUUAGAAUCAUUAGCUUAUUCUCCUGACUUAUCUCAUCUUACCGAGUUAUUGAAAACUCAUGGUUAUACUCAUAUAAAUGAAUCUGAAUUAAAGGAUUUACAAAGAAUCAAAUCAAAUCCAACUGAACAAGAACUUAAGGAUAAUUCCUCAAAAUUGGGAUUUGUAUUAGUUGAUCAAAAUGAAUUAUCUGAAUUGAAGAAACAAAUAUUUGAUCCAACUAUUGAAUAUUUGAAAUCCAAUUUAACAAAUCAUAAUUAUGUUACGAUUACUGAAGAAGAAUUAACCAAGUAUCAAAAUCCAACAGUAGAAGAUCUUAAAUCAAAUGCAGCAUAUCACGAUCAUGAAAUAAUACCGAAGGAAGAAUUAAUUGCUUUAAAAUCAAUAAAAUCAAACUAUGAUACCCCAACCAUUGAAUAUUUGCAACAAAAACUGGAAUCAUUAAAUCAUUCAUUAAUUACUCACGAACAACAACAAAAUUUCAACAUCUUACAAAAUCCGACUGAAGCUGACUUAAUAGCGAAAGGAAAAUCAUUAAACCUUUCAGUCAUUAAACAACAAGAAUAUGAUUCAUUACAAAAUCAACUUAAUUCUCCAUCUAUUGACUACUUGAAAGAAAAAGCGUUAGCAGCUAAUUACAAUUUGGUAGAUGCUAAAGAAUUUAAAGCCAUUAACGAGUUAGCAUAUAAUCCAACAAUAGAUCAUUUACAAGAACAUGCCACCAAAAAUCAAUAUAAAUUACAACCAAUUGAAGAACACGAAAAAAUGAUGAAAGUCAUAAAUGAACCAUCUUUGGACUUCCUUUUCAAUGCAGCAGCAAAACAAAACCAUAAAUUAAUAACAAAUGAAUUAUACAAUGUUUUGAAAUCGAAAGCUGAGAAUCCCGACUUGGAUCAGCUACGUACUUUUGCAUCAACUAGAGAACAUGUUUUGGUAUCUAAUGAUAAAUUUAAUGAGAUGAAACAAUUGGUUGAGACACCUGGUUUGGAUCAUAUUAAAUCAGUUUCUAACAAAAUUGGUUGUGAAGUUGUCAAACAUGACGAUUAUAUCAAUUUGGAAAAAUUAGCAAAUACACCAGACUUAGGACAUAUCACAUCAUCUGCAAAUAAAGUCGGUUUCGAAGUAGUUGAAAAAGAACAGCUCAGAACUUUGAAAGAAACUUCUGAAUCUCCACUGAUUGAUUUCAUUAAGUCCAGUUCAGCUAAAUUAGGUUAUGUAACUAUCAAUUUAUCCAAUUAUGAAAAAUUAAUUGAACCAACUGAAGAGAAUAUUACAAAAGCUUGUAACAAUUUGAAUUUACAUAUUUGUCCAGUUUCAGAAUACAAAGAACUCACCACUAAAUUGGAAAAUCCAGACUUGGAUUAUUUGUCAAAAUCUGCUUCUACGUUGGAUUAUACAUUGAUCAAAGAUGAAGAAAUGAAAGAAUUGAAAUCAAAAGCUUAUGAACCGACUAUUGAUUAUAUUCAAGAAAUGUCUAAAAAAUAUGACUACAUUACUAUUCCUCAAGUCAAAUAUAAUGAUUUAGAUAAAUUAGCGAAUGAUCCAUCAGUUGAUCACUUAAAAUCAUCAGCAAAAUCCAAAGGUUACGAGGUCAUUACAGAAACAGACUUAAAAGAAUUGAAAAACCCAUCGAGGUCUGUUUUGGAGAAUCAUGCAUCUAAAUUAAGCAGUUCAAUUGUUCCAACUACAGAAUUACAAAGAUUACAAAACAUGGAAUCAAACCCAUCAAUUGAAUUCAUCAAAUCAAAAGCUUCAGAAAAAGAUCAUAUUUUAAUUUCAAAUAAUGAACAUGCAGACUUGGUUGUUAAAGCAAAUGAUCCUUCUAAAGAUCACGUUAUUAAACAUGCUACUUCUUUGGGAUUGGUAACUUUAGCUACUUCCAAAUAUAAUGAAUUAAAUCAAAAGAUUAAUGAUCCUUCCAUUGAUUACUUGAAGGAUAAAGCAGAAGCUAAAGAUUAUGAAAUUGUUAGAAACUCUGAAUUAGAUAAUUUGAAAAAGGAUAUUGAUCAUCCUUCAUUAUCAUACUUGAGUGAGAAAGCUAAAUUGUAUAAUUCUACAGUGGUUGAUGAUAUAGAAUACAAAUAUUUGGUGCAAAUUAAGGAAAAUCCAAGUAUUGAGUUACUUAGUGAACAUGCUCAAAGAAUCGACAGUGUAAUUGUUCCAGCUGCAGAAUUUAAAGAAUUACAAAAUUACAAAGAUCAUCCAACCAAAUAUAACCUUGAAUCAGCUGCUAAAUCAUUGAAUUUAACAGUAGUCGAUGAUUAUGAAUAUAAUGAAUUGAAACAACAAAUUAAUGCUCCAAGUAUCGAAUAUAUUUCGAAUCAUGCUAAUAAAUCAAAUUAUAGUGUUGUUAAAACUGAUGAAUAUAAUAAAUUAGUCACAAUAGUUGAGUCUCCAUCAAAAGAACAUAUCGAAGAGCAAGCUCAAUCAGCUGGUUUCAUAAUGGUACCAAAAUUGGAUCAUGAGAAAUUAUUAUCAAAAGUAAAUGAUCCAUCUGUUGAACAAUUAACUAGUGCUGCUAAAAAACAUCAUUUGACAUUGGUUAAAGUCGACGAUUUACAAGAUUUGAAAGAUCAAGUUGAAACCCCUACUUUGAAUCAAUUAACGAAGAAGGCUGAGAGAUUAGAGCAAGUGUUGAUUCCAUCAGCUGAGCUUACUUCAUUAAAAUCACAAAUUGCAAAACCUAGUAAAGAAUAUUUGGAAGCAAAAUCUGCUGAACUUGGUCACGUAUUAAUUGAAGAUUCAGUAUUGAAACAAUUACAAACUAGCGUUGAGAAUCCUUCACUAGAGUAUUUAACAACAAAGGCAGCUGCAACAAAUCACGUACUAGUUGAUAAUAAAGAAUUUGAAAGAAUGGAAGAAAUUAUUAAGACACCAACAGUUGAUCUAUUAAAAACACAAGCUCAUAAAAUAAAUAUGGUAGUAGUUGAGGAUAAAGUAUAUGAUUCACUCAUUGAACCAAAUGAAGAAUUAUUAUCAACAAACGCAUCGAAACUAGGACUUACAUUGAUCAGAAAACCAGAUUUAUUGAUAUUAAAUAAAAAACUAAAAUCUCCAAGUGUUGAAUAUUUGAAAGAAAAAUCAAAAUCCUUGAAUUAUACGUUAUUAUCAAAUAACGAUUUUGAAAUUAUGGAAUCUAGAAUAAAUAAUCCAUCUAAUGAGUAUUUGACUGAAAAAGCUAAUUUGAAUGGUUUUAUAUUGGUUAACUCUGAUAGUUACAAACAAUUGAAACAUCAAGCUGAAAUUCCAGGUAAGAAUCAUAUUAUAAAUAAAGCUGAUCAAUUGAAUUUGAAGGUAUUAGAAUCAAGCGAAUUUGAAGAACUAAACAACAAAUUAAAUCAUCCAACAUUACAAGAUAUACAAGCUAAAUCAAAAUUACACGAUCAUAUAACUGUACCAAUUUCACAAUUUAAUGAAUUGACUAAAUAUGAACAAACUCCAAUUGCCGAAUUAGCCAAAGCCCAAAAUCUGAUAGUUAUACCAAAUUCUGAAUAUCAAGAAUUACAAAGGAACGCUUCAAGAUCAUUGGAAGAACAUGCCGAAUCUAAUGGAAAGGUUGUAAUUUUAUCUUCAUUGUUUAAUGAAUUGAAAUUCAAGUCUGCGAAAUCAAUUGAGGAUCAUGCUAAAGAUAAUAACAAGGUUCUAUUGAGCCCAGAAGAACAUUCACAACUUCAAGAAAAAGCUUCAAAAUCAUUAGAAGUAUUAGCUAAGGAACUGAAUAUGGUUGUUGUAUCUCCUACCAUAUUGGACGAUUUGGAAAAGAAAGCUAAGAAACCAAUCACCGAAAGGGCCAAAGAAGAGAAUAUGAAGUUAAUGACAUAUGAUGAAUACAAUGAUUUAGAAGCUUCAUUAAAAUCACCAACAAUAACAUACUUGAGGAGUUCUGCCAAAGCUCAAAACUUUGAAUUAUUAUCAGUUGAAGAAUUUGAAAAAUUACAACUAUUAGCAAAUCAAUCAUUUGAAGUAAAAGCUACAAAUAGUGGUUACAGUGUCAUCAAUAUUAAAGAUUUGAAACAGGUCAAUUCCACAGAUAAUAUAGAUUCAGGUUUCAUUAUUAUUCCAACUACAUCAUACCAUACUUUUAUCAAUAAUUUAUCAACAAACCCAUUUGAAAUUUCUAUUGAUCUGAAUAGAUAUAUUUUAUCAUCACAAUCAAGAUUUGAAGCAUUAUCUGCAAUUGAAAAAUCCCCCUCAUUGGACUUCAUUACUUCCAAAGCUGAAUCAAAUGAUCAUGUUGUUGUUCCAAAAGAUGAAUAUGCUAAAUACACCAGUAACUUCCAUGAUCCUGAUUUGUCAUUCUUGAAUGAAAAUGCUAGUAAAUUAAAUCAUAAAGUUGUUGCCGUAACUGAUUUCAAUAACAUGGUAAACAAAUUACAAUCUGUUGAAGCAAGUAAUAAAGAAGUUACUUCUGAACUUAGUAAAUUAAAAAACCAAUUAUCUCAAGUUGAAUCUGACAGAGAUCUUGCUAUUAAGAAACAUGAUACUUUAGAAAAAGAUUUACAAAAUCCUCAAUUAUCAUUUAUUCAAGAAAAAGCUAAAAAUCAUAAUGCAUUAGUCAUUGACGAAUCCCAUUAUAAUGAUUUGGUAUCAAAAACAAACGAAAGUUUGGAUGCUAAAGCUGCAGCUUCAGGUUUAGUGCUAAUUGAAAACUCAAAACAUAAAUCAUUAAAUGAUGAUUUACGAAAUUUACAAACCAAUUAUCAAAAUUCGAUUAAUCAAAAUUCAAAAUUAGAAGUUGAAAAUAUAGAAUUGAAAAACAUGAAUUCAAAAUUAUCUGAAAAUUUAAAUAAUCCAUCUAUGAUUUUUUUAAAAUCAAAAGCUGAACAUUUUGAUCUGACAAUUAUUGAUAAAUCAUAUUUCAAUAAUCUUGUAUCCCUAGCUGCCGAUCCAUCAAGAGAGCAAGUUGUUGAAUAUGCUGAAAAAUUAGGAUUGAAAGUCAUGCCAGCUGGAGAAUUACUAAAAUUAAACGCUGAUGCUAAUAAAUCUUUAUCAACAAGAGCUGCUGAAGCAAAUAUGAAAAUUCUACCAUUAGAUGAAUUUGAUUUAUUGGAAAGUAAACAUAAAGAAUUGCAAGUGGUAAAUACAAAUCUUGCUAAACAAAUUGAUGUGCCAGAAUUGGACUAUUUACAUGAUCAAAGUGAUGAGAAAGGACACAUGUUAUUGAACAAGGAUAAAAUGCGUAUCAUUAAAGGUGAUACCGAUAAUUCAGAAUUAAGUCCAGAAGUUGAAACCGUAUUGCUAGAUAAGAAUUACUAUGUUCAAUUGAAGAACCCAGGUUUCGACCAACUUCAAUCAAUUGCUAAUUCAAACUCAUACAAAUUGCUAUCAACUACCGAAUAUGAAAGUCUAAGAGAAGCUGCAGAAAAACAUUCGAAAGCUGAGAACGUUCCCACUUCUCAUACUUUGGUUUUCCCCAAAAAUGAUAGUAUUGUUGAUGCUGACAAUAAACUGGAUCCAGUUCAAAAAGAUACUUCACUGAUAGAUCAAGCUAUUGCUGAAAAUCAACUGUUACUUUCAAAACAAGCAGAAUUGGAAAAAACUAUUGCUUCAUUAAAUGAUCAAUUAUCUAGUGCAAAAGAACCAGCAUCUACAAAUAAAGAUUUUGUUACAGCUCCAAUUACUGAAGGUUCUAAUCUUUUAUCAAUUCCAGAAGAUCAAUAUAUUGCAACUACUACACAUCCAACACCAGAUUUAGCAAAUGUUAAAGUCAUACCAACAACAUAUUUCAAUCAAUUAUUAAAAUUCAAAUCAACAUCAAUUGAUAAAAUAUCAAAGGAAGAAUUUGAAAAAUUUGCAUUGAGAAAAGGCUAUGCACCAAAAGAUGAGAUUGAAAAAUUCACACCACCAUCAUCAACUAUUCAAACUACUCCAAAUAGGACCACUAAUUCAAAUACAACUACACCAACAUUACAUAGAGGUUUACCACAAUCACGAUCUAUAAGAUCUAAUUUAUCCGAUCGUUCAGUUGGCUUAGACUCCAUUAGAUCUCAUGCUGUGUUUUCAAUGGCUACUGAUGUCUCUUUUACUGAUAAAUCAAUGAUACCUGCUAUAACUCAAGUUGUAAUUGGAGAAUACUUGUUCAAAUAUUAUAGAAAAUUCGGUUCAGCUUUAAGUGCAAUUGCUCAAACAAGACAUGAAAGAUACUUUUGGGUACAUCCUUAUUCAUUAACUUUGUAUUGGUCAGAGAACAAUCCCGUCUUGUCAAAUCCAUCAUCUAGAAAAACAAGAGCUGCUGCUAUUUUGGGUGUGGAAAGUGUGGAUGACAAUAAUCCUCUACCAACUGGGUUAUACUACAAGAGUAUAGUGGUUCAUACAACAGAUAGGUCAAUUAAGUUUACUUGUGCUAGUAGGCAUAGACAUAACAUUUGGUAUAAUGCAUUACGUUAUUUAAUCAACAGAAACAUUGAUGAGUUAAUAGUUGAUGAAGAUACUGAAGUUAUGGAAGAUGAUCAACAGCAUGAUUCACCAAUUGAGAAUUCACCGUCACUACCAACUAAAAGUGACUCGCAUAGAAAUUUGGAAAGUUUGUUGGACACUGGAGAUAGAAGAGCUUAUCCAAGACCUAAAAGAAAAAGCUCUCAACAAUUCUUAGUAACUCCUCCAAGUGCAUCAUCAAGUAAAAUGACUAGAGUUCAGUCGCUAAGAAGAAACAAUUAA